AUGUUUGUGGAAAUAACUGUCGCAGUAAAUUAUAUAUUAUCACAUUUAUACACAAAGCUUCCGAGACGUCGAGUUGAUAGUUUCGGUGAAGAACUUGAAAAGUAUCUUCUAGCCAAAUUCCAACACCAUUGGUACCCUAGUGACCCACUUAGAGAUUCUGCUUAUCGGUGCAUUAAUUCUGUCGGUCCUCAGGUAGAUCUUCUACUUCCUGAGGCAGCAGCUGUGAGUGGGUUAGAAUGGAGUGAAAUAGAAACAUGUCUUCCAGAAGGUCUCAUUAUAAGUGUGGAUCCAGGACAUGUGGUGUGCCAAUAUACCCAGUCUAACUGUACAAGUCAUGACAGAUUCCUUUCGAACCAUUGGCCAUCAUCACCAAUUUCCUUGUCAUCAUCUGGAUGUUCUUCUGCAUCUUCUAUCUCAUCAUCCAACUUGACAAAUUCAUCUCAGAUUACUCACCAAGUUCUUUACAGUUUACAAGGUGGAUGGGUUACGAACAAUACAAAUAUGUUAGAUGGAAGUAAACGAGGUCAGUUUCUAACAAAACUUAGACGUUUCGAAAAUGAUCAUGGCGAUUUACUGUCUACAGCUGCUGCUUUGAGUGUGUUAGUUGAACCUGAUGAAGGAAUCGACACCAAAUUUGAGCCUAAUACAAUGUAUGGAGUAAACUCCUUAGCUUUGAACCAUUCAAACUGGAACAAUGAAUCUUCUGUAAUCAGUACAUCUGUAAUAAAUCAAGAAGAACCUCCUAAAACUGAACCAAAUGAAUUUGAUUUAAAAUCUAUAAAUCCCCUACAAGCUGAAAUGUAUCAUGAGAAAGAAAUGUAUAAAACAAUGAAUACUUUUCCAUGGGGUGUUUCUGAAAACGUGAAAGAAUCUUUUUUAUCUAUAACAGGUAAUGAUCCGAUUGGCGGAACACCAUCAACAACUCAGUCUGUUAUUUUCAAUGCCAAAACAAAUACAUUCCAUUCAUUUCAUCGUUCCUCCUCUAAUCCUCCUCAUUCAGGUCAGUUAACAACAACCCAUGGUAAAGAAUUUAUUGCACUGUCAGGAAAUUUUGAGAAUUCAAAUGUUCUGUGCUCAAAAUCUGAUCAACCAUUCAAUCAAAUGUUAACAAAUCCAUUACCGAAAUCAUAUCCAACAUACAUACAACCUCUUAAUUCAUCACAUCCAUUCGUUCAAAAAUCUACAUCUACUCCAACAACUGUACAACAAACUAUUACAGCUAAUGAGAAUUUCUUAUCAAACGAUAGUGUUCUGACCAACUUUUUAACAAAUAACCAGCGUUUCGAUGCAUCGAAUUCAUCAAACAUGAGUGCAUUUAGAAGUUUUUUACCAAUGAAUAUUGAUAUAAAUACAACUAAACAAACCGGUUAUAUAACAAUGAGUGAAUCGAAUAUUUCUGAUCACAAUGAUUAUCUUAAUAUAAAUUUACAUGAAAAUGGGAAUUCAAUAUCUGAAAUGAAAUUUCUACCCAUUUCAUUUCAUCAAAGAAAUACAUAUAAUCGUAGUAAUAAUAACCACAUUAAUAAUAACGAUACUUUUUUAAUAUCGAAUUUAGAAAAUUACCUAUUAAAUUCAUCGGAAGAUACUAGUCCAAAUAGUGUUUUGGAGAGGAUUCAUUUGAAUGAGUCUACUGAAAUUAUGAAUAAUGGAGAGCGAAUUAAGAAUUCCGAUAGAACAAUGAGAAGACGGAGUUAUUUUGUCGAAAUAUAUAAAAGGAGAUACUUGCUUUAAAUUAAGAAUAGAAGAUUGAGUGUUCUUUUCAAACAAAUUAUUUUUUAAAUGAAACAGUUGACAAUCUGAUGUUCAGUUUCCAUACAAAAACAAUCAAUACUCAAAGUCCAUAUUAUGCUCAUUUAGAUGUCGAUAUACUAUUUGGUAAAAGAAAGUCAUCAUACAGCAUGUGUUAAUAUGAUUUUGAAUGAAUUAUAAUAUACCGUGGUAUAUAUCUUAUUUGUGAUAAAUUGUGGAUUUGUACAUGGAAAUCAG